AAUUUUUACAUCCGGCAUCGGCUGUGGGCGGGACUGUGCAACAGCGCUCGAGGUCCACCCCAAAGCUACUGUAGGCCUACUUGCGUUUCGUGUUUGAUAGCCUACUUGCAUCAGAUCGUUAAAAUAGGGCCCUCACUCGAUCAAUUGGCUGACGACUAACAAAAUGCCUUAUGUAGCCAGAUGAUUUGGCGAAAUUGUAGAGCUACUUCAGAAUCGGUUUUAGCAACUAACUAGUUUUGAAAGUCAAGAAUAAAGACGGAAUGUCUGGAUUAAAAUCGACCUUAUAUUUCAACUUUAUUCCUGACAUUUGGAGGUUCAGAUUCAGUCAACGUUCAGAUUAAAGUUGAUAUUUCAACUUUAUUCUCGACAUGUCUAGUUUAAUGUUGACAUGUCGACUUUAAAAUUGGCAUGUCGAGUUAGUUUAAUCCCGGCAUGGCAAAUAUAUAUAUUUUUUCUUUCGUGUGGCCCGUCGUAUGAAACCGAUCUAGGAAAUAUCGGAAUCCAUGCACUUUUUCUGGUUGCUGCACAUUGGAUUUGUGGUCACACACUUGUUUGACGGUGUCGGACCAUAGGUAGCAGGAAAUGACAUCAAAUAAAGCAACAAAUUUGAUUGGCUGCCACUUGGACCGGAGCAUGCAGACAUGGACGGGCCGUGGAAUAAGAUAAACAUUCCUUUUCCAAGCGCUGUAUCUGUAUACCGAAUACCGUAUUCUGAAGCUACAGACACUGUUGUGCAAUAUGUCGUUGCGAAAAGCGAAAAGUUUUUACAAAUGUUCUGCAGCGAGGUCUUGCAGACGGAGAUCCGUGUUCUGUACGAUGUACUGUACGUCAUUAACAACAGUUUCAGGCGACACAAGCCUUUUCGCGCACUCAAACAGGUAGAGCAGUGUAUAAAUCGAGUCAAGGAAAUGAAGUUGCAAGAGGCUGUGCAGGACCUUUGGGUGGCGUGUCCUAAGAAAGCUCAGCGGACCAUGGGACUGGAGUGUGGGGAGUGUGAGGUGCCCAGUCAGGCGAUUCUGGAGUGGACGUGUGUGAAGAUGGUUGGUGGAGCCCACCUCCUUACUUGCCUCCUAGACCACUGCUCAAGGGCCUUCAUCCUGAUUAGACGGCACCUGCAGACAGGAGACUUCCUCAUUCUGAAUCUUCUGCUCAUCAGUAUGCUGUCCAGACUAUGGGUGCUGUUCCGGGGCCUGCUGCGUGCGCUGCUCCCCCUCUACCAGUGCUGCCUGGAGCUCCUGGAGCCUGUGUCCAGUGCCCGGCCGCUGCCCUACCUGAGCGGGUGCACGCUGCCCGCCGAGCUGGCCGCCACCCUGGGGCCCUCGGGGACCGCCCUGCUGGACGUGGUGGACCCCACGGGCCGGGCCAGGAGGACGGGCAGGAGGGGCGCCAGGCCCACGCUGCUCAGCCGCCUGUUUGGGCAGGAGGGGCAGGACCCAGGGGCAGCGGAGGGAGGGAGGACGAGGACGGCGAGCGGGACUGGCGUGGGCGCGCAGAAGGCCUCGCGUCUCAUAGAGGACCUGGGCAGCAUCGUACGCCAGAGGAGCCUGGACAUCAUCAGUGUAGGGGCAGAACUGGACAUGAAAGCUCUACUAAUGGGGACCAGAGCAGCAAACACACAGAUGGCUACGUUGCCAAACCAAAGACGUUCUUCCUGUCAAGAUCCAGCUGUGAUUAGUCAGAAGAAGAAAUUUGUGAAGUUGUUAGACUCCGCCACCUCUUUCAGUGACCUGGCUGUGACCCUACAGGAAGUGAUUCAGUGGUGUAGAGACAGGAAGUUGUCACAGGAGAGGCGGAGUCUAGCGUUCAUGUGUGUGAAGUGUCGCAGGAUGGUCAGCAUGGAGGCCGAUGGCCAGAGUGUGACGAGGCGUUUGCAGCUGUUCCAGCGUACUCUCAGGUGGGGUCUACUGCACGGCAGGUGGCGUUCUCCUCGACGCCGUCAUUCGCUGAGAACCCUCUGGAGGCAAUGCCUGGGCUGCAGAGCCUCCUUUAGAACACUCCGGAACCAUUACGGAACUCUCACACAAAAAAACAGAACAUUUCAAGCUGGUUCUAGAACAGUGCGGGCCGUCUCCAGCAAACAUGAAGUGUUACCACGGCAACCUGUUGAUUUCUCAGGGGAGGAGGUAGGAGGAAGUGAUGUCAUAAGCGCUGCAGUUGUUGCAGCUGGUUCUGGUGGGAAAGGAAAGUCUGCAAAGACAGUCCCACGGGAACCCGCCGAUGCAAAUGAAGAUGACAUUGAUGAUAUAUUUGCGUCCAUAGGUUUCUGACUGUGUGUGUGCUACAUUUACGAGCCUAUAAAUACAGGAAACACAAAACGUUCAUGAGUUCAUGUCAAAUAACUCCCACUAACACAGUGCUCAGCAGUAAGCUUUCAAUGAACGUCAAUCUCAAAAGAUCUCUUUAAGUUGUAAUUGGGUAAGUUAACUCCGAGUAAGUGAUAAAUCUUCUAAUAGAAGAGCUGUAUGGCUUCAUUCCCCUAACAAAACAAUGCUAUAGGACUCUUGUUGUAGGAGGUUUACCACUUACUCUGAGUUAACUUACCCAGGUUUGUCCCUAAACCACGUACUUGGAAUACCCCCCAGAGCUUCUUGCUGUUGUACCGGUUACUGUGAAAUAAAGACAGCACAGAAAUGACACAAGACAUGUUGCAUUGUGGGAACAAAGAGAGAUGCACAUCUCUAUAUUUUUUUAUUUUAUGGCAGACAUGUUCACUAUGUUAUUCAUGAGAGGUUCUAUCUUUUCUGUUAUUAUUUAUAGUUUUUUAACCUUGGUUUUGGUGAAUGUAUGAUUUGUGCCAAUGAAUAAAGCAGGUUACAUUUUC